AUGCUCGAAAGUUUGCUCAAGCGGGGCGUGGAUCCCAAUCUUAGCUUCCACAGUGCUCAUGUAGCAGCUCUAGAACGGAGAAAAGGGACCGAGACUGAAGACAAAGACCAACUGCUGCGAUCCGGUCGUGACAUCUGUGAGAUCACAUCCCUUGCCGAAGGGGACGGAGACAAAAUGCCUGCACUUGUACGUGUCGCCCUCACGCCAGAUGCAUCUACACGCUUCCACGCGAUAGCGCUUUUGCUUCGGUACGGCGCGAAGUUGUCGACUGCUGACGGGAGAGGAAACACGCUGCUCAUGCACCUUGCCGCGCGGAACCUGGUUGCGGAGACACGGCUCGCUCUGGGCUUGAUUCGUUACAUUCCAGAACCGAGAGACGUCGUAACACCGCUGGAUUAA